AUGAAGGACCUCUCAAGCGUCAAAACCGCCAACAUCAACGCUCGUCCAUCUCCAAUGGGAACACGCCAACCCCUUCCCAGACCCCGUACAGGUUCACAAUUCUUCCCACCCAACAUCUUACAAGACAAAGGGGUUUGCACAGAUGAUAACACCUCUACCCCCACUACCCCCUCACCCAAACCCCGUACCUCCAUCUCCCAAAUGCCCCUCUCCGAAUCAGAGGAGAACGUGACCACUCCAACACUCAACUCUCUCAUCUUCGUGAAGGACACAACGGUUGAGAUGCCCCUUGACACCCUCCACUCCUCACCUGCGCAGACUCCUGCACCAGCGGACGAUGAUGAAAUGACAGACCUUCUCAUCUCCAGCCCACCCCCCACCAAACCCGCCGCAACCACACAGGCAUUGGAAGAGGAUCUACUCCGAGCCCACCUAGCGGUUGCCGAAACCAAUCGGUCCAUUAUUAAAUCCAACGGCACCAAUUCCCUCACUGUCAUUCCUCAGUUCACCCCUGUCUCAAUCGGCGGUUUCCCCCACAUCCACCUUGCCCACACAGCCCAACUCUUCGACUACCAGGCAGCUAAGAUCAUCACAGCCUGGCUCAAAGUCCCUCACCCGAAGAUCCUUGUGAGAGUCUUCGACCAUGACAGAAAGAACCCCUCUGUCAAAGGUCCCAUUCUCAUAGAACGUCUGCGGAAAGCCAUCUCGGACAUCACCCACUUCGUCCACCAAGACGACAUGGAUGCAAAGGUGUCACCGCCAUGCCCCGAUACCAACAAAGACAAGGCAGACUUCCCCAUCAGUUUCUUAGUAUAUAACAUCUCUGAUGAGACCAAUUUCUCCACAAUGGAUACCGCAACUGUCAAGACCACUGUCUGCGAAGUUUGGUCAGAAGACGUCACCAAGUGGGACAUCGGUGAAAUCUUGUCCGAAAGUGACAUCUCUGAAGAAAACAUCCACACCGCAACGUGGAACUUCAUUGACUCACUAUGGGUAGAGCACCUUGACUUUAAGGUUAGCGGAGGAAUUCUUCUCCCGCGCUACAACAUUUUCACUGUCAGCCCCACGAACAACCCCACAGUCUGGACAAAGCUAAGGGCUUAUCUUCACUCCCUCACCUAUCCCUCCGAACUCGAGGGAAGUGGUACAGCAGUCAACUUUAUGCCAUGCACCCUCUGCCACUCAAUCGCACACCCUCAUGGACUCUGUCCAUUCCCAGACGUUCCACUUUGGAACGGUCCCAAGCAUAGUACAAACUCGAGACCCAACAUGACGAACCAGAAAGGGAAAGGCAAAGGGAGGAGGUACCAAGGCAAUGGUCUCCCUAACUAG